GUGGCUGCCAUGAAUGGAACGGAGGGCCCGAACUUCUACGUGCCGAUGUCCAACAGGUCGGGCCUGGUGCGGAGCCCGUUCGAGGAACCGCAGUACUACCUGGCCGAGCCGUGGAAGUACUCGCUGCUGGCCGCCUACAUGCUCUUCCUCGUGGUCACCUCCUUCCCCAUCAACUUCCUCACUCUCUAUGUCACUGUGCAAAACAAGAAGCUCCGCAAGCCCCUCAACUACAUCCUUCUGAACCUGGCCGUGGCCGACUUGUUCAUGGUGAUCGGGGGUUUCACUGUCACACUCUACACCGCCUUGCAUGGGUAUUUUAUCCUGGGUGUGACCGGCUGCAACAUUGAGGGUUUCUUUGCCACCUUGGGAGGUGAAAUAGCACUGUGGUCACUUGUGGUCUUGGCUAUCGAGCGCUACAUUGUGGUGUGUAAGCCCAUGGUGACGUUCCGUUUCGGAGAGACGCAUGCCAUCACAGGGGUUGGUGUUACCUGGAUCAUGGCCCUCACCUGCGCAGCUCCACCACUGCUUGGGUGGUCCAGAUACAUUCCAGAGGGGAUGCAGUGUUCUUGUGGAAUAGAUUACUACACCCCAAAGCCUGAAGUGAACAACACCUCAUUCGUCAUCUACAUGUUUAUACUCCACUUCUCUGUUCCGCUCCUGAUCAUCUUCUUCUGUUACAGCCGUCUCCUCUGCACUAUCCGUGCGGCCGCAGCCCAGCAACAGGAGUCGGAGACGACUCGGAGGGCCGAGAAGGAGGUGACGCGCAUGGUGGUCGCCAUGGUGGUCGCGUUCCUGGUGUGCUGGCUGCCAUAUGCCAGCGUGGCUUGGUACAUAUUCGCCAAUCAGGGUGCGGAGUUUGGCCCCGUUUUCAUGACUGCCCCCGCCUUCUUCGCAAAGAGCGCAACCUUGUAUAACCCCGUGAUCUACAUCUUCCUCAACAAACAGUUCAGGAACUGCAUGCUGACCACGGUGUGCUGUGGAAAGAACCCCUUUGGUGAGGAGGACACCAGCACCUCCACCACCCCUUCCACCCAGACCCAGUCCACUGCCGUCUCCUCGAGCCAGGUGGCCCCUGCCUGA